UUUGUCGUGUUUAUUCGUCUGUCAUGAUGUGAAAUUUGUUCCAUCUAUGUGUCGGUUUCAUGUCGAGUUUUGUGUGCUCUUCAGUUUCAUUGUACGUUAAAAUGUUUAUUUGUAGAUAAUUAGUGUGACCAAGUGUACAUAAAUAAAUUAUUAAGUUUUUUAUAAGUCUUCUAAGCUUCUUCUAUACGUAAAUUGUUGCUCAAAUAUUUUCCUGCACCGAGGAAAUAAUUUUUCAAUGUUAUGGUCGUAGUUCCACAUACUUGGAAGAAAAAUUCUCACUUUCACGUACCUUCUGCUUUUGAAGACUUUAGAAACAAUUUUCAAUCGAAAAUAGGUUAUUCUUUAUAAAUGAAAAUAAAGAUAAACGAAGAACCUUUAGGAGUUGCGCCCGAAAUCGUGACUCCUGAAGAAUUGACGAGAUGGAGCGACAUGCCUCCAACUCAUCACAUCACAGACUACACCAGUUUGGACAAUGCCAAGAAACACGAAGUAUCGCCUUUUCCAUGCAAUUCAGAACUAAACCAGAAAAUUAUACUUUGGAACGGAGAUAUAUCACAGUUGCAAGUCGAUGCGAUAGUGAACUCUACAAACGAGUCCUUGUCAGAUGAUAAUCCUGUAAGCAACCGGAUUUUUCAAAGAGCAGGUUCUGAACUUAAAGAAGAAAUAAAUUCGGAUAUAAAGGAAUGCAAGACUGGAGAGGUCAAAGUUACUCAAGGACAUUCACUACCUUCUCGUUAUGUUAUCCAUACCGUAGGGCCUAAAUAUAAUGUUAAAUAUCAAACGGCAGCCGAAAAUACGCUGUUUUCUUGUUAUAGGAACGUACUUCAGAAAUCACAAGAAUUAGGUAUUCAUUCGUUAGCUCUCUGUGCCAUUAAUUCGGUUAAAAGGAACUAUCCUCCUAACGAAGGGGCCCAUAUUGCGUUAAGAACGAUACGAAGAUUCUUGGAGAAACACGGUAGUGCUUUAGACUUGGUUAUUUUUGCAUUGGAAGCUUCCGAUUAUGGUAUCUAUGAAGUUUUGUUGCCCAUGUAUUUUCCCCGAUCGAAACUCGAAGAGGAAGCUGCGCGAUGGCAACUUCCAGCAGACGUUGGUGGACCGUACGGUGAACCUAUCAUCCCCGAUAGACAAAUAAGAAUUAUCGACAAUCCUCAGCACGCCUUACAUCCUGAUGACGAGUCAGUCGACUUAUCGUCACAACUGGAUACAACAGUGUCGAUGGGUGAUCACGUGUUUAGCCAGAUGCAGGGUGACUUGGAUCAACAGAGAUUACUAGGGGAAAGACCGCUAAAUGAUCCACUUUCAGACAUAUUAGUGAAAGAAAUACAACACCAAGAAAGAUAUGAGCGUCUCCUACGAAGAGCUAAAACGGAAGAUUUAACCGAAGUCUCCGGAAUUGGGUGCUUGUACCAGUCAGGAGUCGAUAGGCUGGGGAGACCAGUGAUAGUAUUUAUUGGAAAAUGGUUUCCUUUCACAAAAAUUAAUCUUGAUAAGGCAUUAUUGUACUUAAUUUCUUUACUUGAUCCAAUCGUAAAUGGAGAUUACGUUAUAGUAUAUUUUCAUACGUUAACAUCAGGAAAUAACUACCCAUCAUUUUCUUGGUUGAGAGAAGUCUACAGCGUUUUGCCUUACAAAUACAAGAAGAACCUGAAAGCUUUCUAUGUUGUACAUCCUACUUUUUGGUCAAAGAUGAUGUGUUGGUGGUUCACAACUUUUAUGGCUCCAGCUAUUAAACAAAAACUACAUAGUCUACCGGGCGUAGAAUACCUUUAUGCUGUUAUGUCUCCAGAUCAGUUAGAAAUUCCUGCUUUUAUUACAGAGUAUGAUAUGUCGACAAAUGGAUUGCGCUAUUUCCAACCAGGGAUGCAAACCUAAUGAUGGGGGAUGUCUUGGAUUCUUGCAAACUAAUGUAUCCAAAGCUGUCACCAUUAUGAUACGACUACUCUUAUUUUUAUUAAUAAAUAUCAUAUAGUGAUAUACAUACGCAAUAUUAUCGAUAUUCUCAGUCAUCUGCCCUGUGCCAAUAAAAUCUUAUGUUAGUGCGAAGAAUGAACGUCAAUUUAUGCAGAAAAUGGUUGAA